AAUAAUCAUCUGUAAUGCAAUUGGAUUUUGAACUAUGAGAAGUAAAGAUAGUACUUGUAGUGCACAAAAUAGAUUACCGAGAAUAUUGUUUAGACACAGAACAUGUGAGAAAAUUUGAUUUGGAAAAAAUAAUUAAAACAAGUUGAGAAAAAAAGUAUUUCGUGAUAAAAAUUUCAGUGAAUAUUUAAAAAUCGAAUCUCUCUUGCUGAUUAAUAAUGAUUCUCAUAUCAAAGAAGAUUCGUAUCAAAUGGAUUACUGAUGAACUCAUUUAACUUUUAUUGAUUGAUUAUAUACAUGAGUAAUAUUAUUAUUGGAUUUAUCUUAAACUGAUCAUCAUUUCCUGGGAAGUACUCUCCUAAACCUUCUAAACCAUCAGUUAACAGUAGGAUAACCCUAACGUACUGGUACUUUAAAUAAAGUUAUACGGUAUUUAUUUUCCAGACCUCCUAAUCUUAAUGAACAAAUCAAUCAGGCAUCCCAGUUAUAUCAUCUACCUAUCAGUAAUAAUUCCAGGCUCCAGUAUCCAAGACAGCAUAUCUUUCGACUUGAAGGUUCCCUGCAAAACUCUCCUCAAAAUUACACAACAGUAGGAUUUAAAUUAUUGAACAAUCAAUUAAGAGCUGAAUCUCAUGGUAUACAAUACUCAGAAACUCCUAACACUGAAGCAAAUCGAUUUCAGGAACCAUUCUACCAGACCUCAUUAUCUAAUCAAAUUGGUGUGGUAAAUACAUCACAUAUUCAAGUCGAUUGUAGGCCACUGCAUACUCUAACUUCAGUACCAUCCCAAUACACUCAACAAAAUCCAUAUUAUCCUACAGUACACACACCCUCGAAUAGUGAAAUUUAUCAUCGUAUUGCCGUAAGAAGAAAUUUACAAGCGAAUGCAAAUUUCAUUCGUGGCAAUACAAAUCACAAAUUAAACGACAGUUUACUUUAUACACAAUUAAGUAAUCAUAAGGCGAAUUUUCAACCACUAUAUCGAAUUUGUGGAACAAACACUAAUAAAUCUCAAUUAUCAUAUCCUGAUUAUUCACGUCCUAUACGGUGGGCAGCUGAACGGGGUUUAAUAUCGGCUGCAAAACAGCAGCAAAUACUUUGUGAAUCAUCAAGAGAGAAAAACUCUCCAUUUCAGUUGAUGCAAUCACGUUCUGAAGAUCAGUCAGUCAAUAAAGGGGGUGAGAUAUAUCCAUCCACUGUUAAUCCACGUCAAAGACUGGAUACUGGUGCUGCUGUGACCAAUGAAAGUGAAAAAGAUGAAAGCAGUGAACAACAACAAAAAAAGGAUGGAAAUCAAUUAAGUAAAGAUGAGAAUCCAGUCCGACAACCGUCGGUAACACAGAUUUCAACUGCUGCAUCAUUUUUUACCAGAGCUGGUCAAAAACUUACAAUUACAAGUAAUUCAAAACGAAAGCGUAAAUCAUCGCAUAAUGAUGCCUGUGAUAUAAGUCAUCUGACUGGAUACAUCAAUUCCCAGUCAUAUCGUCAUAAUCAACAUUCAAAAUGUGUAACAAGCUUUUCAGAAGCUGUACAUCAUCAUCCACCACCAAUGCCACCAACUCUUCUAAAAUGGGGUCGAAAUGGUUCCAACAGUACUGUAAUCAAUAAUAGAGUUGGAAAAGUCAAAGUGAUAUUGCAAUUACAUUCAGAUCAUGAAACAGACAAAGAAACUCAGAAGGCAUCUUGUUUAACAAUAGAAAAACGCAAAAAUCAAGUUUGUUUAAAUGAUCCAAAUGUGAACACCAAUGAAUCAUCGACAUCACCAAAACGCACAAAUAUGCAUGGUCCGAAACUUUUUGCAAUGGAUGGAAUUUUCACUGAAGAAGACUCAAUGGCGGAACUGUGUGCAUUUGCUCUAACUGACAUCAUUCAGUCUGUAGUGAAUGGAUCGGAUGGUUGUCUCAUCUCAUUUGGAACACGUGAUUCAAUUAAAACCAAUUCAAUGUUUGGCGAUGACAAACAGUCCUCUGGUCUUGGCAUCAUUCCUUCAGCCAUAUCAUGGCUAUUUCGAUUGAUAUCUGAGCAAAAGGAACGAACCGGUGCUAGAUUUUCAGUUCGUAUAUCUGCAGUUGAAGUCUAUGGUAAAGAGGAGGCAUUGAGAGAUCUUUUAUCUUCUGUUUCAAACGCGACAGAAGCAGCUGGAGCUAAUGCACCUGGGAUUUACCUUCGUGAUGAUCCAAUUUCAGGCACUCACUUCUCCUCAUUCAUACAUCAUCAUCCUCUUCUACCAAAUCCUGUUGUCCUAUGGAAAAGAAAUUCACAUCUAUUUUUCACGCUACAUAUUUACCAGUACAGAGUAGAAAGAAGUGGAAUAGGUUCUGGUGUUGCUGGCGGUCGAAGUCGAUUACAUUUAAUAGAUUUAGGAAAUGCAAAAUUAUCAAAAGAUAUGACACCAGACAAUACAGUACAAGACUCUGAUUCUAAAGAUUCAGAAAACAAACAACAUUCAACCUCUUCAAAUGAUUCAGCAUUAUCUCUCUCAUCGAUGACAUCAGUUGUCCUGGCUUUAAUCAAUGGGAAUAGACAUCAUCCACACAGAGAUAGUAAACUUUCUCAGAUGUUACGUGAGGCAGUUAGCAGUAUUGGAUGUCGCACAUGCAUUCUUAUACAAACAUCCCCAAGUGCAAGUUAUUAUCAAGAAAAUUUACAGCUGUUGCAGUUUGCUUCAAAAAUCCAAAGAGGUCGACGUCACAAAACACACGACAGAACAUUAUCUGAAAGCAGUUCAAACAAUACUGAACAAGAAUCAAAAAUGGAUGAACAGACUACCAGUUCUGAAGAUAGCUCAUCUUGUGAUAGUUUUGGUUUGAGACGUGCUGGAAGAUUACGUCUAAAUAUGGGUCUGCGUUCAGCUAUGAAGCGUUCGAAUGGAUAUAAAGGAUUUUCGACUAGAUAUAGACACUAUGGUCCUGACAGUCAUUUAAGCCUUGCUGCUUCUUCAGAAAAAGAUUAUACAUCGAGUAGUGAACAGUCGUGUGACACUGUAAUAUAUUUAGGCCGCCAAGGUUUAUUGGAUCAUCACCACGAUUCAAGUCAGAAGGCACGAUCUCGACUAGGUAAACCAUUGUCUGGAUCAAAUAUAGAUACGGAUUCAGAGGCAAGUGGUGGAAGUAAAGUUAAACAGUUCGGUGGUCAGCAAUCCCAUGGUUCUCCUGUAGGCUCUUCAGUCGGUGUGCCAAGUGGUAGUGGAGGAGGUGAAAGCGGUUCAGGAGGGCAUUCAGGUAGUCAUGCAAAUUCCGGUGAUCUUUACUCGCCACAUGCCGUACAUUCCAAGGAACGGAAGAAAUCAGCUCCUCGUACUAAUGUCUACGCAUGGCCGCGUAAUGCAGUCAAAAAUGCAAUUGAGACGUUGAGUACUCAAAAAGAACAGUGGGUUGAUGGACCUAAAUCAGAUUUCCACCCACCAUCUACGAGCCAUCAAAUAUCUCAAACAAGUUCUACAGCUCUACCAAAACGUAACAUGAUAGAUAAAGAAACUCAAGUUGAUGAAUUAAAUACAACUCCAGUUCAAGUGGUAAAUCAAACUCAGACACUGUCUCAGGAAACCUGUCAUCCAUCAGUUUCUAGUUAUGUGCAACCCCAUCCCAGUGUGUCCGGAAGAGAAAUAUCAGAAAAAAAAGAUGACGACUGGGACAGGAAAGAUCAAGAGAAACAAGCACCAUGUAUCACAAAAUCUCCAAUCAUGAAACCAACUGUAUCAGACCGAUCAACGUCUGUACCCAAGUCGACUAAACUAACUCAAAUGGAAAUAAACAGAGAUCGUUCUUCAGAUAAUGCAGAUGUACAAAAUGGUGAUGCUACACUCAGUAGUCAGUGUUCAACUUGUGUUAUGGUUAGUUCACUUAUGAAUCAAAGUAAUUCAACUGUUGAAACUGGUGAUACAACAAAUAUAACAGCAGCUGGAAACAGUGCCUCUAUUGUCAAACCACAGUCAACAGAAUCUUGGACACCUAGUCAUAUUCCUACAGAGAAAGAAUUUGAAGAUCGGAAGCACUCAAUUCCUCAUAUAUCUAACGCAUUAAGAAAUACAAAUUAUCAAACAAAUCUACAUUCAAAUGUAAGACAACCGCCUAAUGAAAUUCCUCUUACAAAACCAUUCAUGACGACUGGUAUUCCCAGUGAUACAAAUGCUCCGGUUGCUAGAGUUAAACCAUUCGUCAAGGAUUGGAUUCAGAAGCACAGUACUUUACCUGCUGCUUCCAGUGUUCAUGGGGAUUUCUCUAAAAUAAACGAACAGCAUCAACUUCACAUUCAAAAUAAUCAAACCGAAAUUCCUGGAGGAAGUAAAUUAUGCAAUUUGGCAAAUACCGCAAUCAGUAUGACUGUUGGAGAAAUAGGAAGUGAGACUCAACAAUUUAGACAUCAUAUGUUUCAUGGCAGAACGGAACACAUGAAACAUGAAGACAAAUUAUGCAUGAAUAAAUGUAGCUCAAAAUUGCCAAAUUAUCAGUGCGACAGUAAUUCCUCAUUCGCAAAUACUGGUCAUGCACCAUUCACAAAUUCACUUCAAACUUCUUCUAAUUUUGCAAGGAUAGCAGCUUGGGUUAAAUCAGUGUCUGUGGAAACUUGUAAUAUUCAAGAGGCCAGUUUGAACAAACCAAAUGAUUCUGGUACAGCGCUUCAACAACCCGAUUUUCCCCAUGAUGUAUGCAUGAAUGACAACAUCAAUCAUAAUCUGUUUAACCACAAUCAAAAAUGCUUUUGUCAUAAACACUUUGAAAAAGACGACAAUUUCCCUGAAGAAAAACCUCUUUACCGUCAUCACAUGAAUCGUUCAGGUGUACACAAUUACGAAAAUGCAGUCAUGCGAAGCCCACAGUGUGUCAGAAAUAUUAACAAUAAACUCCGCCGAGGAAGGUCUGUGCCACCGAGUUCUCUUCAAGAGGGUGGUUUCACUGAAGUUCAUGAUAUAUGUGAUGGAUAUUUGAAACAAGAAUCAGCAACUACAUCAGAAAAGACAGUUGCGCCACUUCCGAUUUCCAUCUCUUCAGGUCCACUUUGUGUGAAGGAAGAAAUAUGUAACACUGGUAGAAAAAGUGACAGAGAUACCCCUCCUUCAAGACGUCCGGAUGGAUCUUCCAACCCACACCUACACAGAGAAACACAAGGAGCCUCUGACGUUCAAGAAAUGGCUAAAUCAGAGACGAAAACUCCUUACACGUUGAAUGAAAAACCCUCAAACCAGUCAACAGGAUUUUGGGCAUCUACAAAGAAACCACAUCUUCGUACAAACACAAAAGCUUAUCCUGUUGACGUUUCCGCCUCACCUUCGGCAACAGCUAAUCAGCAUUCCACUACUCAUAUUACUGCAUCCCCAUUAAGAAAAAAGUGUUUUUCACCUGAAGCGAAGAAAAAGUCAAAUAAAUCUCAUCAUGAUUCAGAAUCUCAUUUAUUAGUUUGUACUUCGCCUAAAUCUUCCAAAUGUCGCAGAUCUCAUAGUUUCUGCUCAUCAACAGAUAGUGAUCACUCAGUGUGUAGAAAUGAACAGUUAACAGAUAGUUCAAAAGCUCAAAAACCUUCAAAUGUGAUAGAUUAUGCUCAAAAUGAUGAUAAUACCACAAAAUCCAGUAUACUACAAAGUGUAAUGGGUAAAAAACCUCCUAAAGAAGUUCGCACAAAAACAAGUAAGGGACGCUUAAGCUUCUUGACAAGUCCAUUGUUUGGAAAGCGCAAAGAAAAAGAAACGAAACAAUCGGAAACAGCUGGCAAUACUCCAGAAAAAGGUAAAACUUCAGCGACUGUACCUGAUUCUCCGCGUGAUGGUCACUCAUCGGCAAAAAAUUGUGAUUCACGUCGCAAAACACAAAGUAAGGAUCUUAGUUCCUGCCAUCAAAAGAGACAUAAUUCCUCUCAGUUUGAUACAUCUGAGUCGCAAACCCGCAUAGGAUGUAUCCGAAGGGAUAAACCUACUUCUAAACACACAUCACUAGAAAAACAACAUAGUGAAGAUAAGAAUGCAUUUUCGCCUAGUACACAUGUGAGCAAUAUUCCAGUUUCAUUUAAUACAGCAACAACUCCUACAAAAAACUCCUCUCUACAGUCAAGUAGUGGACACGGCAGUGAAUGUAGUAGUAGUUUAUUCACAGAAAAAAGUAUUGCUUGGCAUUCAAAAGCAGAACCAAAUACAGCAUUGCGAUGUAGAUGCAAAAGACAUCACCAUCAUCAUGCACAUCAGCAUCACUAUCAUUCAGGAAAUGGUCAGAGGUGUCACCGUUGUAUUACAUCUACACAUGUGUGUCGAUCGGAUCACAGAAGUGACAGAAAAUGUGAAACUGUAAGUGAAGUAAGAAAACCUGCCGAUGGUGAACGAAGUUCAGAGAGUAGUGCCUCGGCUACAGGACAUAGGAAAUGUGCAAACAGAGAAACAACGGAAUAUGAUGAAAAUUCUACUGAUGGAAAGGUUCUUCUCGAUUCCUUUGAAACCAGUAAAUUAUCGAUAGGUAUUCCGUGUUCUCAUCUUUCUGGGUCUGGUCCCCGUCGUGGUGGAGGUCAUGCAAGUAGUGGUUAUGAAAGUAUUGUUCGAGAUAGCGAAGCUUCCUCUCAUGCUGACUCGACCAGUGGGAGUUCUGCAGGAGGUACGGGUGUUGUUACUGCCGAUGUUAAAGAAAGUAACAUUAUAUCUCAAACGCAGUCCAACGAACAAGGAUAUUGUGAACACUGUCAAAGAGUUAACCAAACUAAUUUGAUAUUGGCUGAUAGAUCAUCCCAAUCACAACAAGUGAUGCAAACUCUUAGCACUAUUAACUAUUCCAGUCAAGAAAAAACAGACAAUGAACAAUCUAUACAGAAUAAUAAUAAUAAUCAAACAAUCCAAUCCAACCUUCAAACUGUACAGACGAUGACUAUUUCCAAAACUGACUCCCUUGUAAAUAAUCAUGAAUCCUCAUGUCAGGUGUUCCAGCACAUUCAACUAAAAUCUCCAACGAAACAAUCUUUCCAGCAACAUUCAGCAAAUUCAAAAUCAAGCGCUACAUCCAAAACUGUCACAUCUCAGUCCCUUUCAUCAUCCUCUUCUACCUCACAUAGAAGUCGGUCAGCUCCCCCUUGUUCAGAAGAUACAUCUGAAGAAACAACAAGUAGUCCAAUUAGUGUAAGAUAUGUUGCAACUAAACAAAAUGAUAAUGCUUCAUCCAAACUGUCUACAAAUAUGAAAUCCUCACUUCCAGAAAAUUCUUCAAAUGUAUCCUGCAUUCUCCCGAUGUAUUUAGAAGAAGUUCAAGAAAUGGAACGUCAAAUACGUUAUGAAAAAACUUAUGAUCUACUAGCACAACAAGAUAUGCUGAAAAUGGAAUUAAUGACAGCUAAGGAUCGUCUUCUUAUUGAUCCGUCUACUUGGAGCUUUGAUCUUUAUGUUGCUGAACAAAUGGAUCCUGAUGAUCCAAGCUUUUUAGAAGCGCUAGAAAAAGAAACUGAAAUUUUACGUAAACGUGUUGACGCCUGUAAAUCUCAUAUUAUGCUCAUUACAUGUUUUGAUUCUCAGCUAAAAUCUGGACAAAUAACAAAUACAAUAAACAGUACAAAAAAUAAUCAAACUGUGAAUACAAAUACAGAUUUAAAUCAAACAAGUAUACAACAUCAGAACUAG